UUUUAAGGCAACUUCAACUAUUAUUUAUUUACAUUAUAUUGCUCUAAAAUUUUUACACUUAAAAUCUUCUAAAAUCUAAAGGUUACACGUCAUAAGUUCUACCAUCAGACCAAGCCACAUCCACGAGGGUACCCGAAAUUAUCAAGUUAAGAUGUAAGCCUUUGUAGGAGUUGACCCAGCUCUGAUCACCACCUAAACAUAGAAUGUUUCCUGAGUUCACCCAACGGAAUGGACUGUUGUGCAUAAGUACUUUACCUUCAUCUGCCGUUGUAAAGAAAAGAUGAACAGUACUUCAUCAGCCGUAUGAAACAUCAGAUGUACACUAAGAGAUCAUCGCGCCACUUUUAAAAACUGAGAUCAACAUCAACAAACUUAAAAAUGGCUGGUACUCCAACAUCGAACGACGCGUCAUGUGAUUUCACCAUCGUGGUUGACGGCACUGAAUUUAAAAGCCACCGGGAAAUCCUAAGUUCAACAUUAAAUUACUUCGACGCCUUGUUUAGAAGCAACAUGAGGGAGACAAAAGAAGGGAGGGUGGAGCUACAGGGUAUGACAAGUGAGACUUUCACUGUUGUGUUAAAUUUCAUCCACCAGCGUGUCCAUGGUUUGACGGCUGAUAACAUUGAUGACAUCUGGGAUGCAGCCAAUCGUCUGGAUAUAGCAAUAUAUCUUAAAGAAAUAGAACAUUUUGUGAUUGAAAAUUUAUCCAUUGAUAACCUAUGGCACUUUUAUUUAAAAGCAGUCGAUUACAAUUCUAACAAUGUCAAAGACGGUUCGCUAAUGUUCAUGAUGAAAAACUACGAGCACGUUUUUAGAAUGAAAGAGUUUCUGAAUUUGCCUUUUUCUUCAGUGUUAUCUUGUAUUGAAGGUGACGAGUUGAAUAUCAAAACAGAGGACUCAGUUCUGGAGUCAAUUUUAACCUGGGUUUCAGACGGAAAUAAUUACAAACAAGGUGCUUGUAUGACGCGUGAUUGCAGCGAAAAGAAAAUCGCGUGUAAGGAUGAUGGACUCCAGAACAGUGAGGGUCACUCUCGUGAAGUCACUACUUCUGUUGGUCAGAUUUGUGACUCAGGAACUGUAAAUGAGGAUGGCGAAACAGCAACUGACAAGCCUGGCAGAAAACAAGGUCAGCACGAUGACGUCAAAAACGAAUAACAAACUGGUGACGUCACAAAAUGUAGCCGGAUAGGCGAUCGAGCAAGUUAUCUCGCCAAACUCAUGUCUAGUGCCAAACUUACUUUAGCCACAGAAAGUUACCUACGGAGUUUACUCACAAACCCGUAUAUAAUCCAAUGUCCAGAUACCUAUCACGGAGUACAGGAAGCCCUAAAAUACAAGUGUGGGGUGUAUCCUUUAGAGAGCGCCACAUUGACACCUCUUCGAACUAACAGCGGAAAGAGAAAUGCCUUGGCGUUUGUUGGAGAAGAUUCAUGUCUGCACCUCUACGAUUUAGAGAACAGGAAUUUCUGUAAACUCAAGCUUGAGAAUUUCAAAGGAAGCUACAGAAAGGUUGUCUCUGUAGUAUCGCUGGGGUCGAAACUUUGCUUCAUAUGCGAAAGGUACUUAAGAAAAUGUACUUUCGCCAAUCAUAAAUGCCGCCUCGCAACUGUCCUUUUGAUGAACGAGAAUAACAAUUUUUCAAUAUUAUAUGAAUUGUGCGGCGAACAGAACUCGCUGUGUAAUUUAUUUCGUGUAAAUAACAAGUUUAUUUGCGUCAAAACUAACAAUGGUUUUGCUACAAACAGAAGUCGACUACUGCAUCCAGAUUCACUGGAAAUAUACGUAUUAAACUCCUAUAUGGGUUUUUUGUCCGCCUACGCUUUUGAAAACGAUAUUUUGAUGAUUAGUUUAGAGGAUUUUUUAACCAAUCAAACUAAUGAUUUAAUAGUCCACAUUUACAAUUUGGAAACUAAGACCAUAACAACAACCAAAAUACCAAAUGUUAGUGGACAAGAUUUUGUUGCUAUAGCCAUACACAAAGACAAAGAAACUUUUAUUUUACUCUCAAGCGGUGCUUUACUUUCGGUCAAGAGAGGUUCUGACAACGCACUCAAAUUCACAACAGUAGCGCGUCUUUGGACAAAUUUUCUAUGGUGGCUAAGUGGAGCUGUUUAUUAUAAACACGAGCUGACUUUGUUUUGUGCAGCAAGCCAUUUGCCACAUGGGACGGUGGUGACGUCAGUCCCAGAACUGUUUAAGAAGAUCAGUGUCGUUGAGCUUAGCGAUAAGCUUUGGACCAAAAAUAUGGUUCCUGUGAUGGCGCCCUUGUCUUGGUUCGGGUAAUCAGCGAUGAGGUUUUGGCAGUGCUUCAGAUGUGCCAUCGUCUGCUGUUACCAUUGUUUUGAAUAACAGUCGUCAGUCACGGAAAAUCAACGUAUGUCGUCAAACACAAUAUGCCAAAAAAAAAAGAGUGAGAUUAACUUUA